UUUUAUUGCAUAAGUUAAAGAUGUCUGAGACAAAGGUUGCUUAAAACUUAUUCCUUUCAGUUUGUUUAACUAGCGUAAAGAUCGUAGCUGUCCUUUAUAAACUAUUCACCAAAAAAGUUUAAAUAUAAUAUGCCUUCCACUCCAAGUCCAACGCCGCAUUCUGUACGUUCUAAUGACGAAGAAAGAGUACCUUCCCCAAAUUCAGAUCUUAUUGAUCACGAAACAUUUGACCAGCUACUGGAGAUGGACGACGACGACGACCACGAUUUUUCCAAAUCUAUAGUCUGGAAUUAUUUCGAACAGGCAGAAACAACGUUUGGUAGUAUGGAUAAAGCACUGGAAGUUCGAGACCUUGAUGAAUUGUCUAAAUUAGGGCAUUUUUUAAAAGGUAGCUCCGCUGCUAUUGGAUUAACUAAGGUAAAAGCAUCAUGUGAAAAAAUGCAGCAUUUUGGAAAUAUGAAAGAUGAAACAGGAACAAAUACUAUUUCUGAGGAUGAUGCCAUUACAAAGAUUUCGACCUUAUUGGAAAAGGUGAAAGAUGAAUAUAAAGAGGCAGAAACAUAUCUGAAGAAUUUCUAUAAAGAAAGAGAUGAUUCAUGAAUAUCUGCAAUUAUUUAGAUGUUAUUCUGACAGAAAAAAUUUUUGGUUUAUUUAUAAUUUAUGUAUUCAUUUUUUAUCUUAUUUUAUUUUUGAUCGUUUCAUAGCGAAAUAAUUGUCAAAAUUUUUACCAUAACACAAAUAAUACAAGUAAGGAAUUCAUUAUAUAUAUAAAUACAA